UAAAGGAGAGGAAGAAUAAAGAGAAGAAGAAGAACAGUAUACUCGCCAGUUACUUCACGGGUACUCGGUUCUCUCGAUGCAUCUCGCAUUGUCCCUUGCGGGAGUAUUCCGUUUCACGCGUGCCAUCAGAGAACACUUGUCACGAUCUGUUAAAAAUGUCUAACCCUGUGGAACCAGAUACUUGCGUGCCAGACACGCAGGAGACCCGUCACGAAGACGUCAAUGAAAGCUUGAAAGUUACUAGCGAGACCCAAGAGACAAGCUUGAACGAGAGUCAAGAUUUUCGUCUUGUCGAUUCUGAAGGAGACGAAAGUAUAGUAGAGAAGUUAAAGCAGACACAGGCUGGAAAGGCCAAUCAUGAGAAGUCAAUUGACCAAGCGGAUGCGCAACAAAUUCCAGAAACAUUGCAAAUGGAAGAGAGUAACGCGAUAACUGCAAAUGACAAAGAAGACGAAUCUAUCAUAGAUGAAAAAGUAACGGAAAGCGAUGCUAGACUUGAAAAGACUACGGAGAACGUAUCCAGUGAGUUAUUUGAGUCAGAGAAAAAAGAUGAGCUCUUUGAUGAGGAUGAGAUUAUCCAAGGUACGCCUCCUCAGAGUUAUUCAUCGCUUAGAAAAAUAGACAGUGCCGACGUUAAUCUGAAACGUAAAGCUAGUGCAUUUGACGAACCACCUGCCAAGAUCCCUAAAAUGUCUGAGGAGGAUGAAGUAAAGCUUCAGAAGCGACUCGAAGAGGAGAGUCGUCAGUCUUGUGGAUCUGAUGAUUCUUACCAGGACUUGUUCAAAAAUAUGGACAAGAAUGUUAUAAUAGAGGAGACCCAAGAGCCAGCUACUGUAGAAUUUACUCAGAACACUCUGAAAACUCUCACUGAGCACGCAGCAGAAACGACAAACGACGACAAGGCUCAGGAGCAUCAUGCCGAGCAGACAAAUCAGCAGGACGAGAAAAGCGACGUGGGAAAAGACGAGAAUCUGAAUGUCUCUGCAAAACUUACAGACAUCAGUAAUAAUGAUAGUACCACUGUCAACUUCAACUCCACAAGCGAAAAUGAUCUUCUGGAAGAAAAUAAUAUGUCGAUUGAAAAAGAUGUUACUUCCACGAAUGCUGUAAUGGAAAAAUCCGAAAUCGGAACAUUAGACAAGCCGGAGCUUGUAAAAGAUACAGAAACAGCGUCCGAUGAAAAUAAUCAGUCGAACUGCGUGAAGCUGACCAAGAAGACUGUUGACAAGAAUGACGAGGAGAUCCCAUCCUUACAAAUCAAGUCGCGAAGCAGCGUAGAAUUGAUAUCGAUAGAGAACAUAAACCGAACCGUCGAUAGUAAAUCAAAACCGCAAAUAGUGGAGAUCGAUGACGACGACGAAAAGAUAUUGAACUCGUCAACCGAGGUGGUAUACGAUCGUCAGAGUAUGAAAAAGAAACCGGAAGUUGUUCAGAUCGACGAUUCGCACGAGGAUGGCGAGAAGAUCCUGAGCUUGUUAGAGAAGAAAGAAAUCGAGGUUUCUGAAAUUCAGGUCAUGGACAAGAGUUACGAGGGAAAGAGCAGUUACGAGAACAAGAGCAGUUACAAGGAGAGUAUGAACGGGUCAUCCCAGGAAUCGAAAUCAUCGGACAAGAGACUGGUGAAUGGCAGCGCCGAGUCCAAAAAGAGCGACGCCGACACAACCGUAAGCUUGGACUCUGAUACAUUCUCCGUAAGUGAGGAGCAGAUUCUGCCUGCUGCAGCGACAACUGCCGCGCAUAAUAUGAAGAAGGUAGAUAGUAUCAAAAGCGUCUCUUUCGAGGUUAAAAACGUGGACAAUAUCGAACUCAUUAGCAUAAGCGAUCACGAAACGUCUAACGUGGAGGAGAAGAACAAGUCUGAUCUGAUUUAUAACAAUACGCUGGGGAAGAUCAAGCAGGAAGAGCGAGAGAUCGGUGUCUACGUGAAGCUCAAGUGUUUAGUGCACAUGGACGAGAACACGAAGGAGCUUGUGAGGAAAGAGUUGACUGUGGUGCAAUGCGAGCCUGUAAUCGAGUCGAGCAGACCGAAGAAUGAAGACAGUCAGUCCUCGUUGGCAGACAUCUCCGACAACAAGGAGUCGCCUGGUUCCGUGAACAGCAAUCCCCAGUUAUAUCAACUCUUUCCAUCCCGGUGGUCCAUGAUGUCGUCAUCAAGCUCGGGGUCCAGCGCUGCUUCUUUGGCUUUUAAAAUGACUAAGAACACUGGGCACCUCUUCACGAUGCCAACGGGUCUGCCGAAGCAUACGAAGAAAUCUUCCCAGGACAUUCCAUCAACAGUGACGGAUAAACAGACGUUGGAUGAGACUUACGAUCGUUUGACGCACGAAUGGAAGAACCACCACUUGCUCAUAACAACAGUCCUGAAUUACGCAAACAUGGAACUGAGCAGUAAUACCUCUGCCAUUACAGCCCCCACGGGGAUUCUCGAUACUUUCGUGAAUGUGAGCAACGAGCGGCUGGACGAUCAUCAUCAUCACUUGGAAAAGAUCAAUAUGCGCUCGUCGACGCCAUCGGAUCAUCCCACGAGUUUGAAGGCGGAAUUAACCGUCACGCCGAAGAGCACGAAGAAGGGCGGCAAAGCUGCGAAGAGACCGAGAAGCAAAUUGACGAGAUCGAUCACCGCGCAGAUCAACGGCGAGAACGGCGCCAAAAAUAUUCCGAACGAGCCGGCACUGCACGGAUCCGCCAUGGAGACCGAUACACCGAGCAAAAAGAAAAGUAAGUUAGAGGAGGACGAGCAGCUGGUAAACGAUGUGGACACUCAGGCGAAGUCGCCGCGAAGCAUGCUGGCUGACGAGCUAAUCGGUAAGAACGUGUUUGCCAAAUGGUCGGACAACAUCUACUAUCUUGGCACGGUGAGCGAUCGGCUGAAGGCCAAAUAUAAGGUGAACUUCUACGACGGCAAGAGCAAGAUGCUCAUACCCGAGUUUGUGAUACCGAUACCAAAAAUUCUGAAAAAGGGUCUGUCUGUAUACGCGACCACGAAGACUGAUGAUUACGGUUCUUGUGGUAUCAUCAUCGACGUUGAAACGUCGACCAACGGCGACACGCACUAUACGGUAGAGACUGACGAGGGCGAGAAAUUGCGUGUGCAAAUACAGAACAUCUCCUUGUCCGCUGAUCAGGCGCAGGUGUUAAAGGAAGAAGUGGACACCAUAAGUAAGAGUUCCCUGCCGAGCACGCCGAAGGCGCUCGGCCAGGUGACCUUGGACAACAUGGUUGACGGCAAACGACGCUCCAAGAGAAUCGGCACACCACUUCCCUCGACUCCUAAAUCCAGGAACAACGCUGGUGGGUCGAGCAACUCGACCAGUAAAAUCAAACCGGAACCCUCGGUGUCCGGCAUGUCCGCCAAGUUGAAGAAGGAAAAGGCAUUGUCGGAGAGCGAGGAGAUGUCGAGCGAUUCAAACGUCGACUCGAUUCGCAGUAAAGCAGAGGACGAAUAUGCUCUGAUGGGAAUACAGAAAGAGAUAAUUAGCACGUCGUUUGAACAGAUCGCGAAAGGACCGCAGAGUAGGAACAAGAGCAAAUCACGUAGCAAGAAGAAGGAAGACCCGGAAAUGAUUGCUACUCUUGGUCCAAUCCCUACGAACUCCAACAUCUUCAAGGGCACGUCAUUCAUCCUUACUUGCAUACCCUUAGAGAAACUGGAAAGGUAUCAGGAUACGAAGACCAACACUGGGUCGAACACGGAAACGGAAGCCACCGAAACGGAUUUCGAAACAGAAUAUGAGGACGAUUGGGUGAAGCGACAUUUCGUACGCGAAAGACUUCACGAGCAGAUCAUAUCAGGCGGCGGGAAGAUCUAUGAGGAUUUCGAGAAGAUACCAGAGAACGAGUAUGAGAACACAAUACUCAUCACGAACGUGCCAAAUACCACAGCAAAGAACAUAUUAUGUCUGUCGGCCGGCAUCAAAAUAUGCAAUCACGAAUAUAUCAUCAGAUGCUGUUUAGAGAAAAAGACUAUAAACAAGGCGGAAGUUGCUCUUCCAAACGGCUGGAGUUUGCAGAGAAAAGCUUACGUAGAAGGGCAUGAUACAUAUACAAAGAAACCGUUGUCAGAAAUCGUCGUAAUAAUUCCUAGUCUGGCAUCCAUCAAUUUGCCACAGUUUGCUACAUUCUGGCGGCAAGUCUGCGAGCACGCGGGCGCAGUAGUUAUAAUCGCGGAAAACUCAGAUGCCAUGGAGACGGAUUUUGCCAAUACUGUAGUGGUCGUGUCUAAUUGGAAGUGUCCAUCGUGGGCACAGAAGAGAGCGAUUCAACUAAAUAUUCCAAUCCUGUCCACCACGUGGGUGGUUCAGUGUAUAAUCGAGGGCAAAUUGUGCCCACAAAACCAUCCACGCUACAGAUAUACUUGUAUACCAAAUUAGGAGUUUUCGUUAAUUAGAAAGCUGUUGUUUUUACAAUCGUGAGUAAGUCGCCUACGAUCAAAGUGGCUACUAGAAUAUAUUUUCUUUUGUUUUCCAAGUUUUUUUCAUUUUUUUUCCGGCCUUCCAUAUAUUACAAUAAGAGAUGAAAAGAUAACUUUACAAUCGUAAAUCUUGAUAUUUUUCGAAUUCCUUCUUUUUAUAAUAUUUUUAAUAAUUUCUGAUACGCCAGAACAUACGCGAUGUAUUGUCUACAUUGUAUUUUCUCUGGACACAUCCUCGAGUUAUUCUUUCUAUCUUAUAUUUGUAUCUUUGAUAUGACUGAUUGAUAAAUUCAUGCAUUUUUAUAUGGCAAUUCAUCCUCGUACGAGGAUACGUGUAAUGCUUUACACUUUUGUAAGAUUUUGUAUAAAAAUAGACAUGUGCGUGGGAACCGCAGGUGUUUUAUACACGACAUAGGUGAAUCCUCGUCGUGUGUAAAGCAUUUUAAGAAAUCGUAUCUUUACAAUAAUUCAAGCAUAAUCGUAUCACGUCAAAUUGCACUUAUACGUAGGCAAGAAACGCGAGAUUGAUUUUAGUCAAUGCAGCCGAUAUUCUCGAGGAAACUACGCGGAAUCAAUAAAUAAGUUCUUACUCCGCUUUCUAUCGAUUUUUUAUAAAUAAACGGACAUGUUUACAUGUCUAUUAGAUCUAUCUCAUUUAACGACAUUAAUGCUCGUUUCUAUCAAUAUUAAUUUUAAUAAUUUUCUUGGUUCAAUUUGCUCUUCAUCCCUUUUUAGUCCUAAGAAUUAGAAAAAGAUGAAGAACAAGUUCAACCGAGAUAAAAAUUAAUCUACAUUGGUAGAAACGGGCAUAAGACUCCUGUUUUCUCACGCGUGGAAUUAUAUGAGAGAUCAGAAACGAGGUGAAUUUAUUUCCUUACAAUGUAAAUUAUUAAAUUUAAGAUAAAUUAACUUUUUUGCACUCAUUCGAUAGUAUAUUCAUUCUCUCUAAAAAUAUAAGACAUUUCUACAUAAAGAAAAAUAAUAUAUAAGAACAAACUUCUCCGAUUUCCAGUUUCUGACUUGUCAUAAUUCGUUACAACUGCAGCGAGAGAAAACAGAAGUCUUAAGAGAAUAUUUUUAUGAAAGACAAAAACUAUCUUGAUGGACACGAUGUUAGAAACGUAAUUGGCAAAACUCCAAGUUUUAUUGAAGUAAAUUACCGAGGUGUAUGUUUUUGUACAUGCACAUGUGCGAAGACGCGUUGUAUAUAAGUAAAUAUAUACUAUACAAAUUUUAUUAUAUAUAUAUAUGUG